GUCAUAGCCCAGUGCCGCCGACCAUGUUUCGGGAAGUUUGACUGGGUUGAAAAAAUUGACGAAACGAAAAUUGUUGAACGAUGGGGAUUAUCAGAGAACUCCGAAACAAUGUGGCUCUCUCGGGACUUGUAUACGAUGAGAAAUGUCAGCGGAACGUAAAAUAUGAUUGAAAUAUAUAAUUGAUCUGAACUCCUACAAAGGCAACCGACUUUCGCGCUUUCCAAUAUUUUUUUUCGUCGAAUAGAAUAAUUGAGAAAUAGACUGAUAUAACGGUAUCACUGCCAAGUUUUUCCACAUGAAGGUCCAUUCUUUCCCUUCUAUCGUUAAAUCGCAUCAGACGAGCUGCCUCGCAUGAGACACCUCGGGGAGAGGGUUCUGCUCUACUCUGCCAGCUCGGGGAAUCAGGAUGACAAAACCCAAAGUUGGACGAAUCUUCCUGGCGACAUGCGUUGGGUCACUUUUCAUGGUCAUAUUGUACUUUCAGAACAUCACAAGGCCAGCCGUGGAGCAGUUUGGGGGGAAGGGCAUCGGCCCGGGGAAGACAAGGAGAAGUCCACUACAGACCCUCUACAACGAAGACCAGUUGGACAUGUCUGCCGCGCAGGCGUCUCUGCGUGGUCGGCGGGAGCUGCUAGAGGAGGCGUGUCUCACCCACACCAGGAAGAGGCGGGUGUUGACCCCAGACGACCUCCGCCACCUCAUAGUGGACGAUAAGCACAGUCUGCUGUACUGCUACGUCCCCAAGGUGGCCUGUACAAACUGGAAACGGGUCCUCAUGGUCCUGACGGGGGACGGACGCUACCGCGAGCCCCUAGCCAUCCCCGCCAAUGAGGCCCACGUUGCAGGCAACCUGCGCACGCUGUCAGAGUACUCCACCGGCGAGAUAAACCACCGCCUCCGCAGAUACCUGAAGUUCCUCUUCGUUCGGGAGCCCUUCGAGAGGCUGGUGUCGGCCUACCGCAACAAGUUCACCCGCAGCUACAACACGGCCUUCCACAAGCGCUACGGCACCAAGAUCAUCCGCCGACACCGGCCCCACCCUGAGCCAGAGGCGUUGGAGCAAGGCAAUGAUGUCUCCUUCAAGGAGUUUGUGCAGUACCUGGUUGAUCCCCGCACACAGAGAGAGGAGCCCUUCAACGAGCACUGGGAGCGGAUCCACUCACUGUGCCACCCCUGCCUCAUCCACUACGACGUGGUGGGGAAGUAUGAGACUCUGGAGCAGGACUCCCGCUCUGUGCUGCGGCUGGCCGGCGCUGACGGGGAGGUCCACUUCCCCACCUCAGGCAAGAGCACCAGAACCAACGGGGACAUGGCGGCUCAGUUCUUCCACAACAUCAGUCCCUUCUACCAGAAGAAGCUGUACAACCUUUACCACAUGGACUUCCUGCUGUUCAACUACUCCAACCCAGAGUACUUGAAGUUUAGAGUCCCAGCCCCUCCAUGAGUGAGACAGAGCGGAAGACCAGAGACAGGAAGCCGGUCUCCCACGGCUGUCAGGUAGGGUAUGGAGAAGUUGUAUGGGUCCAGACUCCUCCUCCACCUCAGAUGGACUGUCAGACCAGCCACAUAGAGAAGAAUGCCUGGUGGGACAUCACAAUCAAUCAACCAAUCACACAGCCGAUCUGAAUGAGAAGUCCUUGGAAGUCAAUAAUGGCCCGAAUAUGACUUAGGAAAUGUAAGUCUUUCCUACUCAUGCCUUCCUUACGCACUUCUCACUACUCUGCGGGUAUUACUGACAGUGGUUC